AUGUCGUGGGGCUCGAUGAGCGAGGGCUCCGGCCUUGCCCACGAAACCAUUAAAAACGACACCUAUGUUAAUGGACAAGGGCUAUGUGCUGACCUGCUGAGAGAUUUAGAUGAGAGAGAGGGGAUCAAGUCCGACAAUAUUGCAGAGCUUAGACGGACCACUGAUCUGUCCCUCCGCACCACCAAAGACACCGCUCUUCAUCCCCGUAACCAUGUCAAAAACAUCUGUAGCAUGUGGGGAAACUUCCACUUCAAAACAUUCGAUGGGGACUUUUAUCAGUUCCCAGGCACAUGCGAGUAUAACCUGGUCUCCGACUGCCAAAGCCUCAUUCGCCAGUUCUCAGUUCACGUGAUGAGAACAGAACUCAACAGUAGCCCAAAAAUCAGCAGGGUGUCGAUUACCAUCAAUGAUGUCUCUGUGAAAAUCACCAAAAAUCAGGUCCUGGUCAAUGGAGAAAAUGAAACACUGCCUGUGCAUGUCGCAGGGAUUCUUGUAGAAGAGAACACAAUUUACUUCAGACUCUAUUCCAAAAUGGGCAUCACUGUCUUGUGGAACAAAGAGGAUUCAGUCAUGGUGGAGUUGGACUCCAAAUAUUUAAAUCGCACCUGUGGAUUGUGUGGUGAUUUCAAUGGGGUUCCAGUUUAUAAUGAGUUCAUUCAAUCAGCACGACAGAUUAGCAUCAAUGAGUUUGGGAAUAAUCACAGAGUUCACAACCCAGAGCUUGACUGCAAUGAUCCUUCUGAACAAGUUGAUGAGAAAAAUGUGGUAGACCAGUGUGAAGAACAUCGGGCAGAUUGUGAAGACCUUUUGAAAGAUAAAAAGUGGAUAUCCUGUACUGAAAUUUUGAACCCUGAACCGUAUAUCGAGGCCUGUAUGAAUGACAUGUGCUUGAAUCAGCCUGAAGACACUGAAAACUCCACGCUCUGUGCGACUCUGUCUGAAUAUUCACGUCAGUGUUCCCACGCUGGGAGAACUCCACCGACCUGGAGAAGAGCUGACUUCUGCGCUGUGAAGUGCCCUUACAAUAUGGUACAUUCUGAAAGCAGCUCCCCCUGUAUGGACACAUGCUCACACAAAGACACAGAUGUACUGUGUGAUCAACAUAACAUUGACGGUUGCUUCUGCCCUUCAGGAACUGUGUUUGAUGAAAUCUCAAACAUGGGCUGCAUCCCGGUGAAAAAGUGUCAGUGUAAGCAUGACCGCAUCUACAGCACAGGAGAGGUUCUUCACAAAAAAGCAGAGAAAUGUAUAUGUAAUGAGGGAAACUGGAUCUGUACAAGUAUUCCUGGGCCUGGCCUUUGCUCAGUAGAGGAAGGAUCUCACUUCACCACAUUUGACGGGAAAGAAUUCACUUUCCAUGGAGACUGUAACUAUGUGCUUUCAAAAGACUGUAAGAAGUCAAAGUUUGUCAUAUUGGGUCAGAUUGUUCCUUGUGUUUCCCUUAACACUGACACUGACACCUGCUUGAAAUCUAUAGAAGUGCUGUUUAACGAUGACAAAAAACAUAUACUGCUGAUAAAAGCUGAUGGCACAGUUCAACACAAUUCAAUAGUUUCACUUCCUUACAUGACAGCUGACUUCACAGUGUUCAUGCCAUCAUCGUUUCACAUCAUGCUUCAGACCACCUUUGGGCUGCAGGUGCAGGUACAGCUGGUGCCUCUUAUGCAGGUCUACAUCAAUGUGGACCGAAGAUUCCAGGGCAAGACUUGUGGUCUUUGUGGAAAUUUUAACAAAGUGCUGUCAGAUGACCUGAGGACCCCUCAGCAAGUGGUGGAGGGUACAGCGGUUUCCUUCGCAAAUGCCUGGAAGGCUCGUUCCAACUGCCGUGACUGUACUGAGAGAAUGGACGACCCCUGUUCCUACAACAGUGACAGCAAGCAAUUCGCUGAGCACUGGUGUUCCAAGAUGAAGGACAAGGAGAGUCUUUUUGCCCUAUGUCACACCACUGUCAAUCCAGAAAGCUACUACAAAAGAUGCAAAUACUCCAGCUGUACCUGUGAGAAGAGUGAGGACUGCCUGUGUGCAGUGUUUUCCUCAUAUACCAGAGCCUGUGCAGCUGAAGGAAUAAUCCUCAAUGGCUGGAGAGAUGUUGUGUGUGAGAAAUAUACAGAGAAUUGCCCAGCUUCUCAGAACUACUCCUAUCAGGUGCAGAGCUGUCAGCGUACCUGUCUGUCUCUUGCCUCUGAGCGCCAAAGCUGCAACAAUGACUUUGUGCCCAUUGAUGGAUGUGCAUGUCCAGAUGGACUCUACCAGGAUGAGAAUGGACUGUGUGUACCAAUGGAAAAAUGUCCAUGUUACAAAGAUGGAGAGACAGUCCAACCUGGCAAAUCUAUCAACAUUAAGAAUGAACACUGUGUUUGCGUGAAUGGCAUGUUCAGCUGUCAGUCCUUGAAAACUACAAUUUUGGAGUGUACUCCUCCAAAGGUUUUCUUCAACUGCAGUACAGCACGUCCAGAAGAACAUGGAUUAUUGUGUGCACAGUCAUGUAUGCAAAAGGAAGUUGAUUGUUUCUCGCAGGACUGUGAGUCUGGCUGCCAGUGUCCUGCAGGUCUGCUGGAUGAUGGCAAAGGAAACUGUGUUAAACCUUAUGAAUGUCCAUGCCCUCACAAUGGAAUUUUUCAUAAAACAGGCACUGAGAUAGCUGUAGACUGCAAUAAUUGCACUUGUCAACAUGGAACAUGGAAAUGCACAGAAAAUAUCUGUCCAGGCAUCUGCACAAUUUAUGGGAGUGGGCAUUACAAAACUUUUGACCAGAAAAGAUUUGGCUUCAGGGGAGAGUGCAGUUAUAUAGCUGCUCAGGACAAAUGUGGAGAUAAGACAGGAAUUUUUCAUGUAAUCACUGAGAAUAUUCCUUGUGGAACAACAGGAACAACAUGCUCAAAGGCCGUUGUUAUCCUUCUGGGGAGAACAAAAAUAGAGCUUUUUGAUGAUACUGUAAAAGCCAUUGAUACUGGAAGUGGCCCACAAAUCAAGUACAAAGAGAAAACCAUUGGGAUGUACUUUGUCAUUGAUGCUGAAAUUGGAUUGACAGUUUUGUGGGACCGCAAAACCACCGUCCGCAUCAUUCUGCAACCUCAAUACAUGGGAGAUGUUUGUGGACUAUGUGGAAAUUUCAAUGGGAAUGGAAAUGAUGACUACAUAACUCAAGGCAGUUUGAAAACCACAGAUAUAAUGGAGUUUGUCGACAGCUGGAAAGUGUCAAGCACCUGCCCUGAUGCUGCACCAGACUUUGACCCAUGCUUUGAAACCCCAAACCGUGUGACAUGGGCAGAAAGAGAAUGUAGCAUUAUAAAGGACAUUACGUUCAAAGACUGCCAUAACAAGGUGGAUCCGAACCCAUAUUAUGAGAACUGUGUGAAGGACUCAUGUGCAUGUGACACAGGUGGAGAUUGUGAGUGCUUCUGUACAGCUGUUGCAGCUUAUGCUCAAGCCUGCAAUGAGGCAGGUGUUUGUGUGGACUGGAGAACCCCUGAUAUCUGCCCUGUGUACUGUGACUACUACAAUAAAGAUAAAAGAUGCACAUGGCAUUACAGUCCUUGUCAUACACCUUGCUACAAAACCUGUCGCAACUCUGAUGAUAUCUGCAAUAACACUUUACCCCAUCUGGAAGGAUGUUAUCCAAACUGUCCAACAGACAGGCCUAUUUUUGAUGAGCAAAAUCAGGAGUGUGUAGAGGAGUGUUCAAACACCUCACCUAGUCCCACGCCAUCUACAAAUACCAUCUACAACUACUACAACUACUGGCACAACACCUACAUCAACAUUUACAACAACCUCAACUACUACCACUACUCCAAUGCCAUCUACAUCAACAGAAAUACCAUCUACAACUAUAACAGUUCCAACAACACCUACUACAACAUUAACAACUACCUCAACUACAAGCAGUCCUACAUCAUUCACAUCAACAGAAAUACCAUCUUCAACUACUGGCACAACAGCUACUUCAACAUUUACAACCACCUCAACUACUACCACUACUCCAAUGCCAUCUACAUCAACAGAAAUGCCAUCUACAACUACAACAGUUCCAACAACACCUACUACAACAUUAACAACUACCUCAACUACAAGCAGUCCUACAUCAUUCACAUCAACAGAAAUACCAUCUUCAACUACUGGCACAACACCUACUUCAACAUUUACAACCACCUCAACUACUCCCACACCAUCAACGUCAACAGAAAUACCAUCUACAACUAUAACAGUUCCAACAACACCUACUACAACAUUAACAACUACCUCAACUACAAGCAGUCCUACGUCAUCUACAUCAACAGAAAUACCAUCUACAACUACUACAACUACUGGCACAACACCUACUUCAACAUUUACAACCACCUCAACUACUACCACUACUCCAAUACCAUCUACGCCAACAGAAAUACCAUCUACAACUACAACUGUUCCAACAACACCUACUACAACAUUAACAACUACCUCAACUACAAGCAGUCCUACAUCAUUCACAUCAACAGAAAUACCAUCCACAACUACUGGCACAACACCUACUUCAACAUUUACAACCACCUCAACUACUCCCACUACUCCCACACCAUCUACGUCAACAGAAAUACCAUCAACAACUAUAACAGUUCCAACAACACAUACUACAACAUUAACAACUACCUCAACUACAAGCAGUCCUACAUCAUCUACAUCAACAGAAAUACCAUCUACAACUAUAACAGUUCCAACAACACCUACUACAACAUUAACAACUACCUCAACUACAAGCAGUCCUACGUCAUCUACAUCAACAGAAAUACCAUCUACAACUACUACAACUACUGGCACAACACCUACUUCAACAUUUACAACCACCUCAACUACUACCACUACUCCAAUACCAUCUACGUCAACAGAAAUACCAUCUACAACUAUAACAGUUCCAACAACACCUGCUACAACAUUAACAACUACCUCAACUACAAGCAGUCCUACAUCAUCUACAUCAACAGAAAUACCAUCUACAACUACUACAACUACUGGCACAACACCUACAUCAACAUUUACAACAACCUCAACUACUACCACUACUCCAAUGCCAUCUACAUCAACAGAAAUACCAUCUACAACUAUAACAGUUCCAACAACACCUACUACAACAUUAACAACUACCUCAACUACAAGCAGUCCUACGUCAUCUACAUCAACAGAAAUACCAUCUACAACUACUACAACUACUGGCACAACACCUACUUCAACAUUUACAACCACCUCAACUACUUCCACUACUCCCACACCAUCAACAUCAACAGAAAUACCAUCUACAACUAUAACAGUUCCAACAACACCUACUACAACAUUAACAACUACCUCAACUACAAGCAGUCCUACAUCAUCUACAUCAACAGAAAUACCAUAUACAACUACUGGCACAACACCUACUUCAACAUUUACAACCACCUCAACUACUACCACUACUCCAACGUCAUCUACACUAACGAGAUCUUCAGGUUAUCUAACUGCACUAUGGCAAAGUGUAUAAUAGAUGACAUCAUUGAGAUUGUUCCAUUGCAAUGCCCUCCACUGCAGAACAUCACCUGUAAAAAUCACCAGCCACAAGUGCUAGUCAAGGAUGAGAACCAGUGCUGCCAACAGUAUGCCUGUGAUUGCUUUUGUCAAGGCUGGGGUGACCCGCAUUACAUCACAUUUGAUGGGCUUUCUUACACUUACCAAGGAAACUGCACUUAUAUAUUGAUGGAGGAAAUUAGGCCUCGAUACUAUUUGAAGAUCUACAUUGACAAUGUCUACUGUGACAUUAAUGAGCCAGUAUCAUGUCCCAGAUCCAUUAUUGUGUCUUACAACAAACAAGUUAUAACACUUAAGAAUCACAUGUUCAUGAGAGGUGUGAAUCUAGAGGCUCUGAAGAAUAAUGUUAAUCUAAAGUUGCCAUAUGAUCUCAACGGAGUGAGAGUUGUAAAAUCAAGCUUAUACUUGAUCCUGGAGAUUCCACAACUAGACGUUGUUGUAAAAUUUGGAAUCACUGGCUUUAGCAUCAAUCUGCCAUUCCAGCACUUUGGAAACAACACACAAGGUCACUGUGGAACAUGCAACAACAACCAGGCUGAUGACUGUAUGAUCCCUGGAGGGAUCUUGGUCAAUGAUUGUGCAGUAAUGGCAGAUUACUGGCCAGCCAUUGGUGUGGAUGACAAAAAUUGCACUACACCAAAUACAUUACCUCCGAAAAUACCCCCUACCCCUCCAAAACCUACAACAUGUGCUUCAGCCCAUCCUGACUGCAACCUUCUUAAGAGCAAGUUGUUCAAAGAGUGUCAUUCCUAUAUACCCCCUGAAAACUUCUUCUUAGCCUGUCAGUAUGAUAGUUGUCAUAUGAGCAACUCGUCUCAAAUGGUGUGUGCAAGUCUGCAGAGCUAUGCAAGUGCUUGCUCUCAGAUGGGAUUCUGUAUACAAUGGAGAAACUACACUGAGCUUUGCAAAAUUAAAUGUCCAGGAAAUAAAAUCCUCUUGCCUUGUGGUCCAGCUGAACCACCAACAUGUAGAGACUGGUCUACUGAGAGUGCCAUGAUAGUGCCCACAGAAGGUUGCUUCUGCCCUGAGAACACCACACUCUUCAGCAAAGAAUCAGAAUUAUGUGUGCCAAAAUGUGGAUGCGUGGACCCGUCUGGGAAUCCACGUCAGUUUGAUGAGAAAUUUAAGUACAACUGUGAGGACUGUGUCUGUGAUAUGUCCACCCAAUCAGUGAUCUGUAAACCCAAAGAGUGUCCAGAUACGAGCCCUAAGAGCUGCACUGAGCCUGGCUUUGUGUUGAUGAGUUUCAACGAUCCCUCAGACAAAUGCUGCAGCAAACAAGAUUGCAAUUGUAACAUCAGCAUGUGCCCACCUUUGGAUAAAAACUGUCUAGUCGGAUAUACGCCAGUUCUGAAAGUGCCUGAGAGAAAAUGCUGUCCAGAACUCAAAUGCGAGCCGAAAAAAGUUUGUGUCCACAAUAACACUGAGUAUACGCCUGGGGCUAAAAUUUCACCAGAGCCUUGUGUCGAAUGCAACUGUAAAAUGGAUAAAGACCCACAGACUGAACUACAUAAUUUCAGUUGUUCUCCUAUAAUCUGUCCUAAGAUCCUCUCUUGCCCUAAGGGGUUUAAUUAUGGUAAAAAAGAUGGAGAGUGCUGUGAAUCAUGCAGACAAGAUUCCUGUAUUUAUGUUGCACCAGACAACACCACACAUACUCUCAAGCACGGGGAACGUGUCAUUUACACAUGCGAAACUGUUACCUGCCAUCAAAUUAAUGACUCGUUUGAGACUGAGAUAACAAAAACAGAAUGUCCAUUUAUUGACUGUGAGCCUUCCAAGGGGUAUAAAUAUGUGAAACAAGAUGGAGAAUGCUGUGGAAUAUGUACACAAGAUGCCUGUAUUUAUGAUGCACCAGACAACACCACACAUACUCUCAAGGAUGGAGAGGAGCUCCAUUUCAAAUGUAUGAAUGCUACAUGCCAGAAAAGUAAUGGCAUGUUUAUGACAAUAAAGAACUAUAAACAAUGCCCGCCCUUUAAUCCAGAUGACUGUGUGCCUGGAACAGUGCAUUUUGACAAAGAUGGGUGCUGCCAGAUCUGCGAAACCAGAAACUGUGUCCUUGAGAGAAACAUCACCAGUCUACAUGUCAAUGGCUGCACUUCCAUCAAUGAUGUAGAAAUUACAUCCUGCACUGGUCACUGUGACAAUGGAUCAAAGUAUUCGGCGGAAAUGAACAUCAUGAUGCACAGCUGUUCUUGCUGCCAAGAGGAGAAAUUCAGCCAUCGAAAUGUGAAGCUGAAAUGUGCUAAUAGCAGCGAGAUCCUUCAUAACUACAUUUAUGUUGAAAGCUGCAGAUGCACUCCUAUCAAGUGUGAAGACUGGAAGACCUCUGGAUAAAUCGAUCCUGCUUGGCUUCAGCUGGUUUGAACAUGACUCAAUCUGUCACACUUACAAUGCAACAAUUUUAAAAUAUAAAACCAAAAAUUACAAAGAUGAUUUAGGCUGAUUGUUGUAGUGCAUUAAUGACUAAAAUGUAUUUCCCAAACAUUGCAUUGUAAUCAUUGUAGUUUUCUUUGUGGUCUAAUCUAGGGGUAUAGUUAACUCUCAACUAAGCUAUCUAUUUAGUUAUUUCUUGAAGGGGACAUUUUUGACUAAAUUCCUUACACUCUUUGGUAAAGCAUGAU